UCUUUCAAACUUUAUCUCUCAGUUGCUUUCUAACGAGAUCAUCAAGUGUUGGCAGGCUACAACCUCUGUGUUUGGAUAAGUUUUAAGACUCUUUCAACGUCUUCUUGUGGGUUGUGCAGUAAAGCAAGAUGGGUUUGGGUUUUGCCAAGCUUGUUAGCAGUCUCUUUGCAAAGAAGGAGAUGAGACUUCUGAUGGUUGGUCUUGAUGCUGCUGGUAAGACCACUAUUCUCUACAAGCUCAAGCUCGGAGAGAUUGUCACCACCAUCCCCACUAUUGGUUUUAACGUGGAAACUGUGGAGUACAGGAACAUCAGUUUCACAGUGUGGGAUAUAGGGGGUCAGGACAAGCUCCGUCCCUUGUGGAAGUACUACUUCCAGAACACGCAGGGUCUGAUCUUUGUCGUGGACAGCAACGACAGAGACAGAGUUGUUGAGGCUAGAGAUGAACUGCACAGGAUACUCAAUGAGGACGAGCUGCGUGAUGCUGUGUUGCUGGUGUUUGCCAACAAGCAAGAUCUUCCAAAUGCGAUGAACGCAGCUGAGAUCACAGAUAAGCUUGGCCUUCACUCCCUGCGUCAGCGUCACUGGUACAUCCAGAGCACAAGCGCCACUUCAGGUCAAGGACUGUACGAAGGUCUGGAAUGGUUAUCCAACAACAUCGGUGGCAAGGCGUAAUGACGCAAAACUGCAUUGCAUCGAGAUGCAAGAGAAGAUUAUAAAUAUUAUUAUUAUUAUAUGAACUUUUUUUGUCAAUUGGGUAUGUGAAUGGUCUGAUUGUACAACUACAUGCCUUAUAUGGUUAUUGCUUUCAUUGUACUUGAAUAAACACAUGGAUUGAUGAUUGAAUGUUACUGCUUUCUUGUUACUGCACAAGUAUUUU